CCCGCGCCCGGUCCCCGAGCCCCAGCCCGGACCCGCACCCGCCGGGCAGGGCAGGGGCCGGGGACCGGCCGGCAGCGGGGGCCUCAGGUCCCGGACGGCGGAGCCGGGCAGCGCCUCAGAUGGAAGAUGGGACCAUUUCCCUCGUGUUUUAGGUGACUGACACCUGGUUACCAUGAAGUCCUGAAGGAGACAGAGGGACAUUAGUGACAAUUUCUUCUCACUCCUCCAAAUAAAAACACCCAACAAUUGCCUAAUGGGAUUACCUCUCAUGCUGACGUCAUGGGGAGCUGCUGCAGUUGUCUGUGCAGAGACAGCAUCCCAGACAACCAUCCCAACAAAUUUAAGGUAACGAAUGUGGAUGAUGAAGGUAACGAGCUGGGAGCUGGGAUUAUGGAGCUGACACAGACAGAGCUCAUCUUGCACACUCACAAGAGAGAUGCUGUCAGGUGGCCCUACCUGUGCCUGCGCCGCUACGGCUACGACUCCAACCUCUUCUCCUUCGAGAGCGGUCGUCGCUGCCAGACAGGGCAGGGGAUUUUUGCCUUCAAGUGUUCCAGAGCAGAGGAGAUCUUUAAUCUGCUUCAGGACCUGAUGCAGUGUAACAGCAUCAACGUAGUGGAGGAGCCUGUUGUCAUCACCAGGAACAGCCACCCCACGGAGCGGGAGCUCUCCCGGACCCCCCAGGCACCCAACAGUCUGGGCUACACUGUCCCAGGAUUUCCCAAUGGAUUUUCCAGCUUCCCCACAGACACCCUGUCCUACCCCUCAGCCCGUCACCCCUCCUCCAGCAGCCUGAGGCAUUCCUCUGUGGGGGAAGACUCUACUCAUGCCCUCCUUGGGCCUGAUGAGCAGUCCCACACCUACGUCAACACAGCCAAUGGUGAUCAGGAGCUGAGGGGCCGACACUGUAUGCACUCCUUGCCUGAAGUCCACCCUCCUUUCCCCUCUAGGAACCACAGCUGCUCCCUGGAAGACCGCAACCCCCAGGUCUUUCUGCGCCCGGGGGAGGUUCAAUUCGUCUUAGGUCCAAGCUCCAACUACAGAUGCGUCUGUGGGCACCGCCGGGAGCGCGGGACGCACUUCUGCCCCCCCAACAACAACAACAACGAGUGUGAGGAGGGCUGUCCUUCUCCUCAGUGUGUCUAUGAGAAUGUUAAUGGCUUGUUGCCCCCCAGCACCUCGUCCCUCUGCCGAGGCGGGCGCCUGAAACCCCCCCGGGAGGACCCUGCCUGUCCCCAGCGCCGCACGGCUCUGCUGCACUACGAGAACUUGCCGUCGCUGCCGCCGCUGUGGGAGUGUCACCCGCUCUGUCAGGGCCUGGGGGAGGAUGUGGCUACCCAGGGGGACCUGCUGACACCUUCCCCCAACAGCUGCUCCGAGGCUGGUGAAGAGGAGCCCCUGCACAACUCCAUGAACUCGGGGAGCGCGGAGCCGCACGGGACCCGCGGCCGGCGGCGUGGCGCCUUCCUGCCCAAACCUCGCCGCAGCCUCCUGCCCAACGUCUUCAGCUUCGACUUCCCCAGGCCCUGCCCAGACCAGCCACGGCAGCUCAACUACAUCCAGGUGGAGCUUGAAGCUGAACCACAGAAAGCACCUCCCAACCCCCCUCUCCCCCGUGUCCCCCCCGGGCCUGCCGCCGCCCGCCGGACCGACUCCUACGCGGUCAUUGACCUCAAAAAGACGGCUGCCAUGUCCAGUUUGCAAAGGGCCCUCCCCAGGGACGAUGGCACCUCAAGGAAAACUCGACAUAACAGCACUGACCUGCCCCUGUGAGGGGAAACACCAGGAGCCAGCGCUGUGUGAUGGCUUCAGUCCCUGCCCGUCGCUCUGUCGCCCGCCGUGACGUUGGUUCACCGUUGCCUUCUGCUUCCCCGUUUGCCCCGUUACCUGCUGUCAUGGGAUGGCUCCUACAGCUGCUGUUAAGGCUAGUCUGUCAGCCUGUCUGUCUGUCUGUCUGCCCCUCUCCCAUGUAGUUUGUUUUUUAAAGCCUUGUUGGGAUACUUGAUGCUGUUGUGAUGAGGAGUGGAGGUGCCACCGAUAGUACCAGCACUGUGUGGAUGCAGCCUGGGAGGGCCUUAGCUCUGCUCACAGCCUGGCUGCAGCUCCCAUGUCAGCAUUAGCUCUGCUCACAGCCUGGCUGCAGCUCCCAUGUCAGCAUUGGCUCUGCUCACAGCCUGGCUGCAGCUCCCAUGUCAGCAUUGGCUCUGCUCACAGCCUGGCUGCAGCUCCCAUGUCAGCAUUGGCUCUGCUCACAGCCUGACUGCAGCUCCCAUGUCAGCAUUGGCUCUGCUCACAGCCUGACUGCAGCUCCCAUGUCAGCAUUGGAUCUGCUCACAGCCUGGCUGCAGCUCCCAUGUCAGCAUUAGCUCUGCUCACAGCCUGGUUGCAGCUCCCAUGUCAGCAUUGGCUCUGCUCACAGCCUGGCUGCAGCUCCCAUGUCAGCAUUGGCUCUGC